AUGCCGCUCGUCGUGGUGUGCGGGCAGCCAAGCUGUGGCAAGACGACCGUCUCGCAGCGCCUGGCAGCGAUGUUCCGUGAGCGCAUCGCGCAGGCGACACCAGAAGACCCGCAACUGCUGCGGGACUUGAAGGACGUGGUCGUGGUGGACGAGCCGUCCCUGCACAUGCGGCCCAACGAAGCGUACGCGGACAUGCCGCGAGAGAAGAUGCUUCGGGGAGCCAUCCGCGCGGAAGCCGACGGCAAACUCAACAAGCGGACGGUCGUGAUCGUCGACUCCGUCAACGGCAUCAAGGGUUUUCGCUACGAGCUGUGGUGUGUGGCGCGGGCGGCGGCCACGCGGCACUGUUGUGUGCACGUCGACACGCCCAGCGCGAGCCGCGAGGCCUGGAACGCGGCCCGCGUGCCGGAGGGCGACCGGUGGCUCAGCCACAUAUUCGACGACCUGUCAGGGAGGUUCGAGCGCCCCGACGGACGCAACCGCUGGGACUCUCCGCUGAUCACGGUGUAUCCGGAGAUGGGCGCGGACGCGACGGAGCGGGCGCUGCAGGACGUGGUCGCCGCCCUGACGGAGCAGGGCAACAAGAACAGCACCCGCGCACUGGCCAAGGAUCUCCGCCCCACGAUGGCCACGUCCAACGUCCCCCUGUCGUCCACCAACCUGCUGCACGAGCUCGACCGGGCGUCCCAGGAGGUGGUGGAGCGCGUCGCGAGCUGCCAGGGCGGAGCCGCGGCGGCGGGCGUCGGCGGUGUGGUGGUGUCGUUCGGGGAGGGGCUGCCGGACCUGGCACUGCCGCGCACCGUCACGAUGGCAGAGCUGAGGCGACACAAGCGGUUCUUCUUGAAAGCGGCCACCCAGAACACGUUCUCGCGGUUGAAAGAGGGCGGUAAUUCCGCCAAGCGUGUCUUCCUAGACUACCUCGCACGGUCGAUCACGUAG